AUGGCCGAUAAAGUGGCUAGCGCCCUCAAUGGCAUCCACCAGCAGCUGCUGUUGAUGCAGCAGUGUCUAGCCGAUGGCAACUUGAUGCAGGCGCUCAAACACGUGUCCAACUUCCUCAAUGAGCUCCGGACGCUGCUGGUGACCCCCAAGCAGUACUACGAAAUCUACAUGGCGGCGUUCGAUCAAUUGGAGAUUGUCAGCUCCUAUUUGGCGUCGCAGCCACUGGGUAACCACCAGCGUCCGUUUUUAGACUCGUUGUACGAAUUGGUCCAGUACGCAGCCAACAUCAUUCCCCGCCUUUACUUGAUGAUGGUGGUGGGGACGACUUACAUGCAACAGCCGAAAGCCCCCGUCACUGACUUGAUGAAGGACUUGAUUGAGAUGUGUAAAGGCGUACAACACCCUAUUCGUGGUCUUUUUUUGCGCUACUACUUGAGUCAGAGGACUAAGAACUUGUUACCCAUUUCCACUGACGAAGAGUUCCGUGCCACCAUUGACUUUCUCGUCAGCAACUUCAUUGAGAUGAACAAGCUCUGGGUUCGCUUACAACAUCAGGGGCACUCCAGCGAACGUGAACAGCGUAUCCGUGAACGUAAUGAGCUUAAGAUUCUUGUGGGGUCGCAAUUGGUGCGUAUAUCACAAGUGAUUGACGAGUACCAAGGUGAUCUGUACCUGGCGAUUGGGUACUAUCGCGAUAGAGUGUUCCCCAUCAUCACUCAACAGAUUGUCGCCUGUCGUGAUGUGCUUGCUCAAACUUACCUCAUAGAUGUGUUGAUUCAAAUAUUCCCUGAGGAGUUCCACUUUGCUACGUUGGAUGGGUUUUUGGCGGUGAUGUUACAAGUCCACCCCAACCUAAAUAAGAGUGAGUUAGUCAAUGGAUUGGUGGCUCGCUUUGUCAAAUACCAACAGGAUAAGGCCGAAAAGAAACAACGCGAAGAGGAAGAAGAACUCACCGCUCAAGAGAAUGAGACUAAAGAAGAAGAGACUUCAGAGGAUGCAAAGAAAGAGUCUCAAAAAGACGAAAAGAAACAGAAAGAGACCCAAGACAAGGAGACUCAAGAGAAUGAGACUCCAGGGGAAAGUACUGAAGAGGUUAAGUCUGAGGAGAAAGACGACAAAAAAUCAGAGGAGAAGGAAGACAAAUCCGACGACCAUACUGAGGUGAAAGCGGAGGAUAAGACCACCUCUAAUGCCGAUAAAGAUCAUAAGACUCAUGACGGAGCUGAAGCAAAGGCCACUGACACAGAUGAAGCCAAUGACAAACCUAAUGCGCUGGAGAAUGAAGCGAAGGUUGAAGAAUCUAGUGCUAAGGAUGAAGCUCCUAAGCCUAACGAAGAUACCAAGCCUAAUGUGGAUGAUUCAGAACUGGAUAAAGACAAAACUGAUCAACAAAGUCAGGUGACGGAUAGUCAAAAAGACCAAGAUGCUGCGGCUUCUCCGAAAGGCGAUCUUUCAGCAUCUCUUGCGCAACUCUCUCUUACUGAUGAUCUUCUGUCACAACUAUUCGCAGUCUUCUGGGACUUCUACCUUCAGCUUUUUGAGCUGGAUCCAGAAAUGCCCGCUUCCGAGCAUCUGCAAUUCCUUGCAGCCAUCAUCCAAAUUCUGCUUGCCUUCGAUGUUGACCAUGAACAACACCGUGAAAACAUGGCCAAAGUCUAUGAGUUCUCUGGCAAGCACUUGGAAGCCGGUCAGCUGGUGGAUAUUUUGGUGGCACCACUUGCAUUUAUGCAAAGCCCCGCUGAUCUCAAGAACUCUCAAUACCAGCGUACCUUAUUUGAUCAAUUGGAUAUUCCUGGACAACGUCGCGUGGCCCACGCCAUCAUUUCUCGAUUAUUGACCGUUGAGGCACCCUUUCAAAGUACUGAGGAGAUAGAUGGUGUGUUUCAAUAUCUCAGCGUUCUCAUCUGCGAACAGCCAGAGCAAACUACGUCGGUUGAUCUUGGCUUAACCACCACCGUCAAGAUCAAUGACCAGGAUAUUCCUCAAUCGUUCUUGGACACUCAGGAGCAAUUGUGCAAGAUUCUCCACUUGAUCAAACCGCCGGGAACUCCCAUCGACACCGUAAGUGCUUUGCAAUAUACCCGUCGUAUGUGGCUCAACAAACUGAAACAGAACAUUGUGUUCACCUACCCGACAUUAGUUGAAACUAUAUUGUAUCACUUACAGGUGUUUGGGUUUGCUCUUAAACGGGUACCUCAAAAGAGAAGAAGCCCCACCCAUAUCGCCACGCUCAAAAAUCAGUUUAAGCAAGUGCUGGUGGUUUUAAAUGAGUUGUACAUGGCUCACCCUGAGCGACUGUACGAGAUCCUUCAAUUGUAUUUGCAUGCCGCCACCGUGGCCGAUAAUGUUGGCUUCAGUGACGCUAGCUUUGAGUACAUCAAUCAGGCGUUGGUAUUGUACGAAGAACAACUCUCAAUGGGGCUGACGGACAACUACUACGCCAGUGCAUCUCCUCAUGAUGCCUUGGGUGGGUCGCUGGCGCUGUAUAUGCUGGUCAUUGCGUUGGUAAAUUCAGUCGGCAUUAAGCGUAGCUACGACAAGGACGCCUACGUCGAGCUAGCCGCCAAAGUUACCCAUUACGGGCUGCGUCUUUUGCGCAAACAGGAUCAGUGUCGAGCAAUCUACACCAGUGCCCAUUUGUGGUGGUGGACAGAUGAUUACGGUUUUGAGGGUGAGCUUUUCCAAGACGGUAAGCGGGUGUUGGAAUGUUUGCAAAAGAGUUUGCGGGUGGCUGACUCGUGCAUGGACCCUUACUUGCUGCUCAAGUUGUUCAUUGAGAUUUUGAACCGCAGUAUCAUUUUUGCGUUGUAUGGGGCGCCGGUGGAUGUGCCGUACAUCAACGGUUUGUUGCUGCUUAUUCGCACUAACAUCACUGAGUUAGAGGCGGACAAGUUGAACUCAGCUAAUGCUGACACGGAGGCCGUCCUUUUCCAUAUUCUGAAGCGCAUUUUCAGCCGUACUUGCGAAUAUAUCGUGCAACAGCAGGAUGACGGUCGCUUAGUAGGCGUCAUGGUCUAA